CGCGGCGAAAGCUUCCGCGGGGUGGGGGCUCGCGGCGGAGUGGAGCUCGGCCCGGAAUCCCUCUCUGCCCGGCUCCGGUCAUUCACAGAAUCAAAAUGGUUGAAGCAGAUCGUCCUGGGAAGCUGUUCAUUGGGGGCCUGAACACAGAGACUAAUGAGAAAGCCCUUGAGGCUGUAUUUGGCAAAUAUGGACGCAUUGUGGAAGUCCUUUUGAUGAAAGAUCGGGAAACAAACAAGUCCAGAGGAUUCGCGUUUGUCACAUUUGAGAGUCCAGCAGAUGCAAAGGAUGCUGCCAGAGAUAUGAAUGGAAAGUCAUUAGAUGGGAAGGCAAUUAAAGUGGAACAAGCAACCAAGCCAUCCUUUGAAAGUGGUGGUAGGCGUGGGCCGCCACCCCCUCCCCGAAGCAGAGGUCCUCCCAGGGGCCUUAGAGGUGCAAGAGGCGGAAGUGGCGCGAGAGGACCACCUUCAAGAGGGAGUCACUUGGGGUCUUCUCGGGGGCCACUUCCCAUGAAGAGAGGUCCACCUCCACGAAGUGGAGGCCCUCCACCUAAAAGAUCUGCACCUUCAGGACCAGUGCGUAGCAGUAGUAUGGGAGGAAGAGCUCCUGUGUCACGUGGAAGAGAUGGUUACGGUGGUCCUCCACGCAGAGAGCCAAUGCCAUCACGGAGAGAUGUCUACAUGUCUCCAAGAGACGAUGGCUAUAGCACUAAAGACGGUUAUUCAAGCAGAGAUUAUCCCAGUUCCAGGGAUACCCGUGACUAUGCACCACCUCCCCGAGACUACGCGUAUCGUGAUUAUGGUCAUUCCAGUUCACGUGAUGAAUACCCCUCCAGGGGAUACAGUCUUUCCUCCUAUAGUGAUCGUGAUGGAUAUGGUGGUGGACGUGACAGAGACUACUCAGAUCAUCCAAGUGGAGGCUCCUACAGAGAUUCAUAUGAGAGUUACGGUAACUCACGUAGUGCUCCACCUGCUCGAGGGCCCCCGCCAUCAUAUGGUGGAAGCAGUCGCUAUGAUGAUUACGGCAGCACACGAGAUGGAUAUGGAAGCCGAGAAAGUUACUCAAGCAGCAGAAGUGAUGUCUACUCAAGUGGCCGUGAUCGUGUCGGAAGACAAGACAGGGGUCUUCCCCCAUCCAUGGAAAGGGGCUAUCCACCUCCUCGGGAUUCUUACAGUAGUUCAAGCCGCGGGGCACCCAGAGGUGGUGGCCGUGGUGGAAGCAGAUCUGAUAGAGGUGGAGGCAGAAGCAGAUACUAAAAACACUCUUAAACUUUUGGACCAAGACAGAUAAUUUCUCAAAUGUGGGAGCUGUUCUAUCUUUACUACCAGAGGACUACUAAAAGGAAAAGUUGUUUUUAACCUUUUUUUAUUGUUGCCUGUUAAGUUUUCCCCUCCAUGACUUUUAUGCUUUUGUGAGAAAAAGUUAAAACAAUGUUUAAUAUCAUUUCAAAAUUGUUAACAUUUCUUUCAGAAAGCAGAUGUUAAAUGUAUAAGCUUGAGCUGUGUACUAGUGUUGUAAUUUUCAAAGUAAAGUUUCCCUGAAAUGCCA